CGGCAUUAAAUCUUGUGCAUGAGGACACGUUUCGCGAUCUAUGCCUGACGAGAACCUCUCGCUGUGUUACGUUCCGGCGGAGUUGGUUCCUCCCAUUCUUCGAGGCAGUUUCUCGGCGCACUGCUCGGGUCCCUCUCUUUCAGUGAAGCGAUUCGCCGCAAUCAGCUCCGGCUCAUGACAAAAACAAACUCGUCGGAGUGGGGCACUCUUCAAUCCGAGAUGGAGCGUCAAAGUCACAGCGCCGAAACAGGCCGACGGUCGGGUCGGCAUCUGAUCAGCUUGGAGGAUCUGGAUUCGAUGACCGAUAAUAUGGACACGGAGUUGGUUCACAACGACAACGGGGAAGGGGAAGAGGAAAACGAGCAAGAUGAGAGCGAACUCUUUACGUACUGGCGAGACGUCGGCCGUCGUCACCUGGUGGAUGUGCCAAGAGACAUGGAAGAACCAAUCCAACAGAUGGCAAGAAACAAUCAAUCUCAAGAUCGGCAGCCAGUCCCAUUUACACCACUGGGCCAUAAAACAAGGCAACAAGCUGAUGAACCAUUGUAUGAAAAACGUCAAUAUGAGAAAGCCAAUUGGGCUUGUGUAACUCAGAAUGAACCUGGCUAUGAGCAGAGCACAUGCAAGGGAUUCAUGAAAUUGAUGAAAUACAUUUGUCAACAAAACUCAACAGGACUUUUCCUGGGAAUGACAUUACCUAUUGUCACCAUUGUGCACACCAACCAGAACAGAUCAGAACUCCUGCCUGGAGUAACCAUUGCUUACUACAUCCCCACUCACUUCCAACAUCAGGUUCCGCAGCCCUUCGAUGCUGACAUUGUCAUAGAUGAAUCGCCUGCUCGCAUCAUUUACACAAGAUCUUUUAAUGGCAUCACUAAUGAAGAUUCCAUUUUACAAGAGAUAAAUCGUCUAGCAGAGGAUCUCGACUCUCCUGAGCUGUUCCUGCAGGAUACCUUUAUUGUUGCUGGUUACAACAAUCCUGCUGAUCCAAACCGUCGAAAUGAGAUCUGGUUUAUUCAGAGGCCUUGAGCAAAUAGUUCAUAUCUGGCACAGACCUUGUAUAAUGCUUAUUUUGUGAAAAUGUGUGUGUAACAUGUGAUGGUACAAGCUAACGUAAAAACAUGCAUCAAUUGAAAUCUGUCACAUGAAUAUAACAAGAUGAUGACGGUUGACAAUUAAAAAUAUAGAUUAAUGUAG